AUGAGUCGCAAGGUAAACCAAAAUUCAACAGGGUUAACCAAAUUAGCCGAGGAGGUUAAUCAAGGGUUUUCCACUUUGGGCGACAAAAUAAAUAGCUGUGAGCAAAACAUUACUGAAUUAUCUAAAAGAAAGGCUAGGUCUGCCUCUCCAAAUAAAAUAAGGGUAGGACAACAAACAUUAAUGCCUCUUAUUAUUCCAGAACUAAACAUUUCGAAUCUUAGUGAAAAUAAUGACAAUAACUGGGCUGAUGAAUCACAGGUGGAUGGACAAGUCAGACACCUACCCAUGACAAAUGAUGAAGGCUUUCACACUCUGAACAUGCUUCAUCACGAAGGUAUCCCAGCGCUUGAGGUAUAUUCUGAUGACAAUAUUAUAUCAUUUGAUAAAUGGGGAAAGAAAUUUUUAGAGAGAAUUAAGGUCUUUGGGGUAAAACUUUCAGAAGAAGAAAAACUUGCUCGGUUGUCUUUAUUUUUGGAAGACACACCCAAAAGAAUCUUUGAAGAGAUGUCUCCAACUCAAAAACUAACGUGUGAAAUGGCACUUCAAAGCAUAAGAAAGGAGUUGGACUCUCCUCAACGACGUGCUCUCUCAAGGCAGGCGCUUUUAAUGUGCCGCCAACAUGAAGGUGAGUCAGUCAAAGAUUUCCUAUCACGCUUUAGACCUCUGGCAAUGGCUACAGCUGCUGAUAUUUCUGGUCCAAACAAGGAACGGUACUUAUGUGAACUUUUAUUAGAACGUUUAAGACCUAACAUAGCAUUUUGUAUGAAAUUACUAAACUUUUCACAGACAGAUAGAGGUUUUGAACAAUUAUGCUUAGAUCUUCGUGAAGUCGAAAUCAUGCUACCUGGAGGCACUGGAUCAAUGUUUGACAUGCCAAAUCAAGAAGUGCAUGCAAUGCAACAAUCAAAUUCCUUUAAUGUACCAGGGAAGUUCCAAUCACUGAAUCCGACUAAUCCAAAUAGACAAAAGCUCGGUCAAAGGUGGGGACAAAGCAAAACAACCUUCGACGAGACAUGA